UGCACCACGUAAACAAUGUUACCCAAUUGGCUUACCGCAGAGUAUUUGCAGCCGAAACUGAGGGCUUACUACAAGGAUGAUCAGCUGAAGGUCCUCAAAGUCUGGUCCAAGCCAGCAACUGAAAAAGGUCAGAACUACAUGAGCCUCAUGACCCGUAUUCACGUGGACAUUCAGCAGGGCGAUGGAAUAUUUCAAAAUAGAACCUACAUUAUCAAGGAAGCCCUAUCGGAAGGUGUUCCCCAGGCGAAGGUAUUUUUGGAGUAUGAUGUGUAUAACCGGGAAAUGGAUAUGUACGAGUUUAUCCUGCCGAAGAUGAAUGAACUUCUUCAAGAAGUUGCCCUUACCGGAAAGUUCACUGCAGAUACGAUUUUUGUAGACCGGGAAUAUAGCACAAUGAUAUUGGAAGAUCUGGCACAGUAUAACUACGUGAAUGCAGAUCGAGUGAAGCAGCUGGAUCUGGCUCAAAAAUUUACUUUGGAAGUGUUGGCCAAGUUCCAUGCAGCAUCCAUUAUCGUGAAACAGCGCCAUGCCGAACUCCUGACCACGAGUCUAUAUACUCACUUCUUUUCGCGAGACAAAAAUGGUUACACGGAGGUGUACAAAGGUGUUUUAUCGGCUUUUAUAAGGAUUAUAAAUGGACAACCAGCUUUAAAGAAAAAUUACGGUAAUAAAUUAGAAAAGUUGCAUGAAAAAAUCAUGGAUUAUGGAGCUAGGACCUUUGAGGUCGGAGAACAAGAACUGUUGACCUUGAAUCAUGGUGAUUGCUGGACCACCAACUUUAUGUAUCAGUAUGAUGAUGCGAGUAAUCCUCAAUCAGCCGUAGCCAUAGACUUUCAAUUCAGCAACUUCACAUCCCCUACAAACGACUUGCAUUUAUUCUUCACCGUUUCAGUGCGGGAUGAAGUUCAGGACAUGGAAUCCGAACUUGUUGAGAAAUACUAUAGCGACCUCAAAACAAACCUGGAUACUCUGUCCUAUAAGGGCAUUUUUCCCAGCCUCCAGGAGUUCCAGAAACAGUUCGAAAGUCGUCGAUUCAUGUGUCUGUUGGCCCAUCUCUUCAAGCCCGUUAUAAUAUACGACGGUACUGAAGUGAGCUCAGACUUCUCAAGUGUCUACAAAGAUACCGAAGAGGGCAUUCGAUUCCAGAAAUCCAUCUAUGCCAACGAAAGGGUGUUGAAAAGUGCCACAAAAUUAUUAGCCAUGCUUGAUGCGAAGGGUGUUUUGGAUCUUUAG